GCUGACUGUUCUGCAGAGGAACCUUGAAAGACAGCUAAACAACAAGUGUCUACUGAGUGAUCUUCACAAGACCCCUGACCAUGGAUUCUCCAAUGUGCUUGAUCGAAAAUGACAAUGGCGAACUUUGUGUGGUGCAAGAAGCCAUCAGUUACCUGAUGGGACUGAAACACCAAAUCGUAGUUGUGGCGAUUGUUGGGCUGUAUCGCACUGGCAAAUCCUACCUCAUGAACAAACUGGCUCAGAGGAAAACAGGUUUUGCCCUGGGAGCCACUAUCCAGUCCAAGACCAAGGGUAUCUGGAUGUGGUGUGUCCCUCAUCCUCUGAAAGCUGACUGCACCAUUGUACUCUUGGACACAGAGGGGCUGGGGGACGUGGAGAAGGGGGAUUCUAAGAGUGAUACCUGGAUCUUCUCAUUGGCCGUUCUCUUGAGCAGCACUCUGAUGGAUUUGCCCUCUAUUCAUCUCCAUUCAAGGGGUACCAUUGACAACGAUGCUGUGGAGAAGCUUCAAUUUGUAACGGAGCUGACAGAGAGGAUCAAGGUGAAGGCAACUUCACCCACUGAUGAUGAGGAAGGCUUGGGUUCCCAGUUCAAUCAGUUCUUCCCUAAUUUUGUGUGGAUCGUCAGAGACUUCACUCUGCAGCUCGAGAUUGACGGCAGUGACAUCAACGCAGACGAGUACCUGGAAAAUUCCUUGAAACUCAAGAAAGGAUAUGGUAAAAAAAUCACAGACUACAACCUGCCACGCGAAUGCAUCCGGAACUUCUUUCCCUCACGCAGGUGUUUCGUGUUUCCCAUCCCAACAACUGCUGACAAGAUGCAGCAGCUGGACACGUUGGAUGACAGUCAGCUUUCUAGAGAGUUCAGAAACGUCACUGAUACUUUCUGCCACUUCAUUCACGAGACAAGCCCAGUGAAAACUGCCAAUGGGGGAAUCAGACUGAACGGACGAAUGUUGGGCCACCUGGUCAACACCUAUGUGGACACCAUAAACAAAGGCGAUGUGCCCUGUCUGGAGAAUGCCAUACUAGUCAUGGCUGAACUGGAGAACCAGGUUGCUGUGGAGGAGGCCUUUACAUUGUACAAAAAGGACAUGGAGGAAGUGAAGGCCUUGUUCCCUGUGGAAAGCUCCCAUCUGUCAAAGGACCACCUUCAAUCCCAGAAACAUUCCAUGCAGGUGUUCAUGGAAAGAUCUUUUAAAGACACAGAUGGAAAGUUCUGUACGAUCCUGGCGGAGAAAAUUAAAGAGUACGCCGCCAGCCUUGUCGAAGAGAACAAGGAUGCAUCAGAGAGGAAGUGUAAGGCCCUUCUUGAGAAGCUCUGUGCUGAAAUGGAUCAGGGUGUGAAGGAUGGCAGGUACUCUACACCGGGGGGUUAUGAGCUUUACUGCAAUCACCAUGACGACCUAGUGGCACAUUACCGAGCUGAGCCCAACAAAGGAGUCAAGGCUGAGGAGGUUCUAGAGCACUUCCUGAAGGUGAAGAGCACGGAGUUCAGCUCCAUUCUGCAAGCGGACAUAAAACUGACUGAAAAUGAGAAACAAAUACAAGCUGAGAAAAUGAAAACAUCUGAACUGGAGCAAGAGAAGGCCGCUUUAAAGGAACAACAGGAAGAGAUUGCACGCGCAAUAGAAAGCUUUGAACAAAGCAAGGAGGCGUACUUAAAUGAGAUGAUGCAGAAGGUAGAAAUGGAGAGGGAAGAACAGCAGAAAGAGUUCGACGAGAUGCUGGAAAGGAGAAUGCAGGAGCAAGCGUAUCUCCUGGAGCAGGGCCACAAGGAGAAGGCCAUGCUUUUGAAGCAGGAAAUUGAAGACAUACAGAAGGCUUAUAAAUUUGAAAGGGCGUAUGAUAUCCAGAAGCAGAAGGAGAUGAUGGAUGAUUACAGGAAUCUCACUCAGGCACAGCAACAGCAGAUAGAUGACUUAAAGGGGGCGCUCCAGAACAAAGAGUCGAAGCAAAGCUCAGACUGUAAUAUCCUGUGAUCCACGGUAAAACUUUGAAUGCCUAACUGUGACAGUUACUGCAGUGGGCUGAAUCAGGAGCAAACUGGGUGUUUUUUAUUAGACUUGAAUCUAAUUUGGCGCAAAACUACCCACCUCAUACUUGCCAUAAUAGGCAUAAAAACUUUAAGUAUAUAUAUUACACUAUAUUUGAGUAAAAUAUAACAAAAUAUUAGUUUAUGGAGCUGUAAUCACUGAGGUUAUUAAGUGGUGAUGCUCAGUGGAUACAUUUUUCUCUCUAGUGAUUCUCCCAGCAUUUGCAAACAUGUUCCCCAAAACAUUUUUAAAGUUUUUAGAAUAUAGAUUAUAUGAUAGUUUUAAAAUACUUGUAUUUUAUUGUUUUAUUUUACUAACAUACAUAUUUCUUCCAAAUCAACUAAAGUGACACUUUGGAUUUAAACAAAUUAUCAAUAAAAUCCGAAGGGGGAUGACAUAUUUAGAGGGUGUUAUUAGUAUUUAGUUAUCACUAAAGGUAAUUAUUGAAUAACUUUCUUCAGCAUGUAUCCUAUUCUGACAUCUGUUGGCCAGAAUAUUCAAUCAUUUUAAUCAGCAAAGGUAGAAAUACCAGCAACAUGAAACAGUAAGCAAACAACAUACACUAAUAGUUUUUUAUAGCUUCAUGGAUUUAUUGACCAAUACAUUAUAUUUCAUUAUUUUGAUUGAAAAAUAGACAACUAGAUGGCUUGCAGUACAGACGAUUGAUAUUUGUUUUGUUCAUUCUUAAUUAAAUAAAAGCUAUACAAAACAGAAAAUGCCUUAUUUGUCAUGUUUUUAUCAUUAGGCAAAAUAAUGGUGAUUACAGUUUUUUUCAAUCGCUAACAAGCGCUUGCCCAUACUUUAGAUAAUUUUUCUAAACUCUUAACACAGACUCACACCUACAAAACACAAUUGGCCAAAUUGUUCAUUUUCUU